AUGACUGAAGCAAUGGACAUCGACGAGCCUGCUCCGGCACCGCGCCAAGUAAACGCAAUGGCGGCGCUCAUGGCCGGCGCCAAGGCCAAGGGCAAGCAGAAGGAGGAGGCGGUCGACCCGCGCGAGGGCUUGCCAUGGGUGGAGAAGUACCGGCCCGAGAGCUUGGACGACGUCGUAUCUCAUCAUGAUAUUACCGCUACGCUGGACAAGUUCAUCGAGACCGGACGGCUGCCGCACCUCCUCCUCUACGGGCCUCCAGGUACGGGCAAGACGUCCACCGUGCUGGCUCUCGCGCGGCGGUUGUACGGACCAAUGUUUAGGAAGCAUAUCCUCGAGUUGAAUGCGUCGGACGACCGUGGUAUCGACGUCGUGCGUGACCAGAUCAAGAGCUUUGCCGCCACCAAGGUGUUGUUCUCGAAAGGCGGGUUCAAGCUCAUCAUCCUCGACGAGGCGGACAUGAUGACGCAGGCGGCGCAGGGCGCCCUCCGCCGUGUGAUCGAGCAACAUACCAAGAAUGUGCGGUUUGCGAUUCUGUGCAACUACGUGAACAAGAUCACGCCGGCAAUCCAGAGUCGAUGCACGCGAUUCCGGUUCAGCCCGCUUCCGGAAAGCGAGGUCGCGCGCAAGGUCGAUGACGUGGUGGAGAAGGAGGGUGUGACAAUUACGGCGGACGGACGAGCGGCGCUACUCAAGCUCGCACGCGGAGAUAUGCGCCGCGCGCUGAAUGUGCUCCAGGCGUGUCAUGCCGCGUACGACAACGUAGACGAGACGGCUGUGUACAACUGUACGGGCAACCCUCACCCAGAGGACAUCCGGACGGUUGUGGAGAGUAUGAUGUCUGACGAGUUCGGGACGGCGUUUACUCGUAUCACUGCUCUCAAGGCAGAGAAGGGGCUUGCGCUACAGGACCUCGUUGCGGGCGCAUACGACUUUCUCGAAACUGUCGAGCUACCAGUCCAGUCGCGCGUGUACCUUCUCGAUCACCUGGGCCAAGCAGAACAUCGCCUGUCGCUCGGCGGCUCGGAGAAGAUGCAGCUCUCGGCGAUCCUCGGCGCGUUCAAGGUCGCUGUCGAGCUGUCGCAGAAGAAGUCGCUCAAGUAG